AUGUCUUCGCCCAAGGCUCUCAGCCGGCAGAACUCGCAUCUAUUGAUGCAGGACGACCCCUACACGCUGGGGCCCAGAGGCAGCACGCUGGCAACCCUUCUGCGCCGCCGCCCGUCGACCACCAGCGUGUCCCUUGUCCGGGAUGAGGAGGAGGCCGUCGUCGGGGCCGGCCUGCCGGGCUCCGGGGCCGUGACGCCUUCUGCGAGUGCCAGCUUCCCCGUCGGCCUGUCCGGCUCGCCCGAAUACCGUCGUGAGCUGUACCACGACGACGAGGAUGUGCGGCGUCACGACGAGCGCCGCCUCAGCGCCCUGCUCAACAACCCACAGAUGCGCAGCAUGCGGCUGAUCGGCAAGGCCAAGCGGUAUCGCUGGGAGCGGUACUGGAAGACGGAGGACCAGCUAAAGGUCCUGUCGGCACCAUUACGUGCAUACUAUGAGCGCAACAACAUGCUCAUCCAGCAGUAUCUCUACAUCGACCGCCUGCUCAACUCGUCGCUGCCCCACGAUCUUCUCAACGAGUACAAUAGCCUGCACAGCAGCCGUUCCUACCGUGGCCUCGAGGUGCCGGCCACCAUCUCCGAGGAGUCCAUGUCGGCGUCGCCAACCGGCAGCGGUCAGCUCUCGACGCCGCCUCUGGGUGGUGCCACGGCAGCAGGGGCAGCCACAGCGGCAGCUGCUGCCCGACGGGUCAAACGAACGCCCAAGGCCAUCUACCGGCCGGCCGAGACGACGCCGCUGCUGGAGGCGCAUGGCACGGACGACGAGGAUGAGGACGACAGCCACGAUCCGGACGAAGAGCGGCUGCCGACUCCGGGUGGCAGCGGGCUGCAAGGAAACGGAUAUGGCGCAGCGACGAUGACAACAACAGCUGCAGCAGCAACAAUAGCAGACGCAGAUGCCGACACGACCUCGCCGACGGGCAGCCAGUCGCCCCGGGUCGAGGACAUCCCGCUGCUGCUGGAGGAGGACGAGGACGUGGAUAGCACGGCGCCGGUGGUGACGCUGGCCAUUUACGUCAACCUGGCGGCGAACGCGAUCCUGCUGGCCGGCAAGCUGGCCGUGGUGCUGUCGGUGCCGUCGAUCUCGGUGCUGGCGAGCCUGGUGGACGCGGUGCUGGACUUUCUGUCGACGGCAAUCGUCUGGACGACCACCUGGCUGAUCAGCAAUCAGGACCAGUACCGCUAUCCUGUUGGGCGGCGCCGAUUGGAACCCCUGGGCGUGCUGGUGUUCUCUGUCAUCAUGAUCACCUCGUUUGUGCAGGUCAUGCUGCAGGCGGUUCAGCAUCUGGCGUCCGAUGACCGGAGCAUCAUUGAGCUUGGAAUCCCCGCUCUGGCCAUCAUGUUUAACACCAUCGUCAUCAAGGGCCUUUGCUGGCUGUGGUGUCGACUGGUCAAGAACUCCAGCGUGCAAGCAUUGGCUGCUGAUGCUAUGACCGACGUCAUCUUUAAUGCCGGCUCCAUUGCCUUUCCUAUCGUUGGUUUUUAUGCCCGCAUCUGGUGGCUGGACGCCCUCGGCGGACUGCUGCUCUCCUUGGUCGUCAUCCUGAAUUGGUCGCGCACGUCUAUCGAGCACAUCAAGCACCUGUCGGGCUUUUCGGCCACGGCCGACCAGCGUAACAUUUUGCUCUACCUGACCAUGCGCUUCGCCAAGACCAUCCGGGCCAUCCAGGGCCUGCAGGCGUACCACGGUGGCGACAAGCUGAUUGUCGAGGUCGACAUUGUGCUGGACGCCAACAUGUCGCUCAAGGACAGCCAUGAUUUGAGCGAGAGUCUUCAAUAUGUCAUCGAGUCCGUACCUAUUGUCGACCGCGCUUUUGUGCAUGCCGACUACGCUGAUUACAACCUGCCGACACACAUGGAGCAGCAGGCUUAA